ACCACAGUCCAUACGCACAUCUGUAAUGCACACGUUGUUAAACGGGUUCACCAAAACAAAAACAAAAAACAUGACAUUAACAAGGUAUCCUGUUCAGUGAUGAAAUGGCCGGUGGGGACUAAACUCCUGAAGCGGACCUUUUUUAAAAUAAGGGACUUACAGUAGCCUAUAUCUACGGCCAGACGGUAGCGUGAAGAAUGGAUUGAAGGGGUGCCGUGGGUAACAAAGGAAAAGUUGUAGUUAUAAAAACUAACUAUACUGCAGUCCGGGAUUAAUGAGCUAUAGCGAGUGUGUUGCGUGUGAUGGGGAAACAUGGGGACUCAAGUAGCCUAGUACAUUCAGUGGUUUAUUUUACUUUGUAUUACAGUUAUUGACUUUCUGCAAGUUUAUUCUUACAUAUUUCUUAUAAAAAACGGAUACAAAGGAUGUAACACAGCAGUUCUGUAUAGGAACAGUAUUCCUACAGCAAGUGCCCAAGAGAUAGUUCUGAAAUACUGUAUUUACAUAGUUAGCGUCGCGGUCGAGACCUAAUAGGCUAAACUAUCGUAGUUGUGUUCCGUCAUUGCAAGUUUGUUAUUAAAACACAAUAAUCUACAGGCUUAAUAGAUAUCGGAGGCUACUCAUACAAAGGUAACGACAGAGGCCAGAAUAGGCUACAGAUGACAGCUGAUCAAAAAAAGAUUGAUCUCAUGGUCUUUCAAUAUUGCAUUGACACAUUUUCGCAUCAAGAAGCAUAGCAGCGGCUACACAGUUAUUUGUUUGUGUCCCACCACUUCCGAAACAAAACUAAUGUAGCUUUUGGUUUCACCUACGUAAUAUCAGGAAACGCGACAACUGCUGGUGAAAUGAAAGCGAAACUUCUGCAUUCAGACGGGAGCCUGGAAGAUAUUAGCAGACACGGGGGAAGAUGUCACUCACGUUCAAUGGCUGGGAAACGCUGUUCGAUGGAAAGCGGCGGCUGAAGCCGGGCCAGGCACCGAAGAGGGGGCGAGGCUACACCAUGUUUCACGGGACGCACAAGAGCAAUGCCAAGGCCAUAAUCACGUCUGGGUUCAAGCCUUCUGCCGGAGGCACGCUGGGCCCUGGGGUCUACUGCAGUAGAGACCUUAACAAGGCAACGGCGUACCCUGCGUUAUGUCCCCAGAACGACAGGGUCGUCUUCAGGCUCCUCGUGCGAGUGGGAAAGGUCAAGAGGAUUGACGGACAGAGCAUGAACUUGAUAAACACGUGGCAUCAGAACGGCUACGACACGGCCUGGCUGCCGUCUUCCAUGGGCCGCCCCGAGGAAGACUGCGUCUGGGACCCGAAGAGACUCACCGUGGUGGGGAUUGAGCACUGCACUGAUACGCAAGUCAAAAAUGACUUGGAAAACCUCAUUAAGCAGCGAGGUAAGGGGGUGUCGGUUAGCGCCACCCCCUCGCAGGCCGAGUGUAAGAUAUGUGGGAAAUCCACGCAGCCUCAGACCACUCAUGUACUCCAAAAGUGUUGGGGCUGCGGAACGCUAAUCUGCAAUUUCAUGGAUAAGCAUGUAUGCCGCGGUAAGAGUUGAUAAAAAGCCGUAUUGUAUAUUGCUUAGGGACUUGCAAGUUAGCUAUUGCGUCAUUCGACCUUUGGCAAUGUGCUCAAAUUAACCUGAAUUGCUACAGUAAAUAGUGAUGUCUUGGCAAGGACGCUCUUGUAAAUGAGAUUUUAAAUCUCAAUGAGACUUUUCCUGGUUUAAUAAAUAAAUAAAUAAAUGUAAAUGGGCUAUAUUGAAUGUAAAACACAAACCAGGAAAGUUUGUCUGCUUAAUAUAAUGGGGAACCUUUAUGGUAGGUCUGCAACGCUGGUCCUGGAGAGCUGCAGGCCUAGUUGCUUUUCAUGGUUCAUGUGCACUUAAUUAAUCAAUUAUAGCUGUUGAUUACACAGUUUGCAGCUGAUUUUGAGGUGAAAAAAAAAAAAAAACAACUGAGCUUGUGGCUCUCCAGGCUAGGGUGCAGACCCCAGAGGCAGAGUAAACCAGAGGUGCCCAAUCUUAUCUGAAAAGGGCCGGUGUGGGUGCAAAAUCUUGAUUAAAGAUCCUGAUUAGCUACUUUGUUGAAUCA